AUGCCGAGGCUGAGACUGUUAUCAGCGUUAGAUGCGGCGAGGAUACAGUGGUACCAUUUCAAGGCGAUAAUAGUCGCUGGAAUGGGUCUUUUCACCGACGCUUACGAUCUUUUCUGUAUAGCUCCGGUCUUGAAAAUGAUCAGAAAAAUCUAUUACGACAAUCACCCUGUCGGAACCGCUGUUCUGUCCACUUCUUACGCCAUCGCUCUCUUAGGAACCGCCUUAGGUCAGCUCAUAUUCGGUUACUUAGGAGACCGUGUAGGACGCACUCGAGUCUACGGUCUUUGUCUCUUGCUUAUGGUCUUAAGCUCCUUUGGAUGCGGAUUCUCCGUAUGCACCACUCGUAGGUCUUGCGUUAUAGCGAGUCUUGGCUUCUUUAGAUUCGUUCUUGGACUAGGUAUCGGUGGAGAUUACCCUCUCUCCGCAACCAUCAUGUCGGAGUUCGCUAAUAAAAGGACGCGUGGCGCUUUUAUAGCGGCUGUGUUCUCCAUGCAGGGGUUAGGGAUCUUGAUGAGCUCAGCUGUCACGAUGGUUGUGUGUGAAGCGUUCAAGAACGCCGGAGGAGGGAGCUUGGAGAAAACAAGAGCGGCGGGGAUGGAGACUUUGGCUCCGGCGGAAUCGGAUAUUGCUUGGAGGUUGAUUCUGAUGAUCGGUGCUAUUCCUGCCGCUUUAACGUUCUACUGGCGAAUGCUUAUGCCUGAAACCGCCAGAUACACAGCACUAGUUGAGAACAAUGCAACUCAAGCAACAAAAGACAUGCAAAGAGUCAUGUCCGUAACCAUGAUGCCUCCACUACCCGAAGAUGCAUCAUCUCCGACACAACAACAGCCACCGUCUUCCUCCUCCUACAAACUCUUCUCUCGCCGCUUCUUCAGCCUCCACGGCCGUGACCUCUUCGCAGCCUCAGCCAAUUGGUUCCUAGUGGACGUAGUCUUCUACACAAGCAACCUCCUCCUCGCUCAAAUCUUCUCCAAACACCCUCCCAACUCCACAAACGUCUACGACUCUGCCUUCGAAGUGGCUAAGGUAGCAGCCAUCGUAGCCGCCUGCUCCACCAUCCCAGGCUACUGGUUCACAGUUUAUUUCAUCGAUAGAGUAGGCCGAGUCAAGAUUCAGAUAAUGGGCUUUUUUAUUAUGGCCCUUGUUUACUUAGUCGCUGGGAUACCAUAUACUUGGUACCGGUCUAAGCAUGAGAAGAGUAAUGAUAUAGGCUUUAUGGCUCUCUACGGUUUGAUCUUCUUCUUUAGCAACUUUGGUCCCAACACAACGACGUUUAUUAUCCCAGCUGAGCUUUUUCCGACUAGGUUUAGGUCAACGUGCCAUGGGAUUUCAGGAGCUGCUGGGAAGCUUGGAGCGAUUGUUGGAACUGUUGGUUUCUUGUGGGCCACGAAACACAAACACGAUGAAGAGGACGUUUUCCGAGACAUGAAACGUGUGAGGAUCGUGUUUUUGAUACUUGGCGGCGUUUGUAUCGCUGGAGUGUUGGUGACGUAUUUCUUCACGCGUGAAACUAUGGGGAGAUCUUUAGAAGAGAACGAAGAGGACCAGAUUAAUACCAUGUCACUGGCAGCACCAGGAUCAUUGUCUGUUAAUGAGUUACGUUGAAGUUUUGAUAUGACACACACAAACAAUCUCUUUUGUUAUUUCCUCACAUUCUCUAAACUUUCCUUGGUUUUUUUAUGUUUGAUACUCACAUUCUCAUGUUUAUUCUAAUCUUUU